AUGGCUUCCACCCCCUGUCAAUCUGACGGGCCAGACCUUAAAUCGUGCAACCGCCGACUCAAGAGCUCUCAUGAAGAGCUCUGGCCUCCAAAAACGCCCUGGCUCGCCCCACAUCGCCCCGAUGCCCCCAGAGCCCCAUCAAACUCCAGAACACACAAAAAUACAGAUCCCCUCCAUCCUAGCCCCAUUCGAUAUGAUUCCAACAUGAAACUGUUUGACCAUGCGACCAGCAUCGUCGCCAGUGCGCACAUUGCGAUCACCAUCCUCAUGCUCUCCGUUCACGUUGCGCUUCCAGCCAUUUACGCCGGCCCCAACACUCCUCCCAUACCCUGCAGCCAAGUCGGAUGGGGAUGUUAA